AGUGCGGGUAAAGCAGCGGGAGAGUACGAAAGGUUUCCACUACAUCAGCAAGUGCGGGGGUAACGCAGCGGGAGACUACCGACGGUUUCCACUUGCCACGGCGGCUGCAAUUCCAGGUAUAUUGGUAUCAUGGACCUCCUUUCAGACCGUAGUUGGAUGGCACGACGAAAGUCAAAUACUCAGAUAGGUGCUACGGCUGAAUUUAGAGCCGGUUGCCUAGCAUUUUUAGAAUAUGCAUACAGUCACCCAGAAUGUGUGAAUGAUACCAAACAGAUACGGUGUCCAUGUUUGAAAUGCAAAAAUUCUAAAUAUUUGGAUAGAGGCAUGGUAAACUAUCAUUUACUAGUUUCUGGUUUUAUGAGAAAUUAUGAAGAAUGCUGGUGGGCACAUGGGCAGAGAAGAGAUGGUAGCUCUAUAGUACAUACUCCAAGUAGUGGUAGUACUCAUCGUAUGAAUGAAAUGGUUCAUGAUCUUGCUGGACCAGAUUUUGAUUGGGAACAAGCUAGAGAGCAACCUAUGAAUUCUGAUGCCAAAGAAUUUUUUAAGUUGUUAGAGGAGGGAAGCGAGCCACUGUGGCAUGGUUGCACCAAACACACUAAAUUGUCUGCAGUGGCAACAUUACUUAACAUCAAAGCUGAUCACAACAUGAGCCAUGAAUGUUUUGAGUCUCUUUUAAAGGCCAUCAAAAGUAUGUUGCCAGAAGUUGAGAAAUUACCUGAUAACUAUUACUAUUGUAAGAAAAUGGUGAAGAAAUUGGGUCUUGGAUACCAAAAGAUUGACGCGUGUCCCAAUGAUUGCAUGCUGUUUUAUAAGGAAAAUGAAAAUAUGACAAAAUGUAUGGUUUGCGGUCAUGAUCGGUUCAAACCUAAAAAAGAUGGUGUAACUUCAAAAAAAUCUUCUAUACCGUUCAAGAUUCUAAGAUAUUUUCCAAUAACAGAUCGGUUAAAAAGGUUGUACAUGUCUUCGAGAACAGCUGAACAUAUGAGGUGGCAUGCGAGAUCUCCAUCUAAAGAUGGAGAACUUAAUCAUCCUGUAGAUGGCCAGGCUUGGAAAGAUUUCGACAAAGCACAUCCACGAUUUGCUUCAGAAACUAGAAAUGUGAGGCUUGGGUUGUCCACUGAUGGUUUCAACCCGUUUGGCCACUCAGCUGUUCCAUACUCUUGUUGGCCCGUGAUUGUUACUCCGUAUAACCUGCCUCCUUGGAUGUGUAUGAAACAACCAUAUUUGUUUCUUUCGCUCAUGAUUCCCGGCCCUAAUAGUCCUGGAAAAAAUUUGGAUGUUUACAUGAGGCCGCUUAUAGAUGAGCUAAAGGUACUAUGGAGUGAUGGAGUACAAACUUGGGAUGUCUCAACAAAAUCUAAUUUCAACCUUAAGGUAGCUCUUAUGUGGACUAUAAGCGACUUCCCAGCUUAUGGUAUGUUAUCUGGUUGGAGCACACAUGGAAAGUUGGCAUGUCUAUUAUUUCAAAAGCUAUUCCAAAAGCAAACUUAAAAACAUGUAAACAUCUAAAAUGAUUCCAUUUAUGUAUACUUGGAUGAAUUCACAACUUACAUGUAUCAUAUCAAGAAUACUAACUAGUUGAAGUUAUAGAAAAUUAAGGGACUAUUUCAAAAAUAUCCAAAACUUCUCAAUUUUAAUGUACAACUAAUUUAGUAUAAUUUUAGGAGAAUAUCAAAACUAGCAUCACUCAAACAUAUAAAUUUAGUAUAGUACCAUAAAAUGAAAAGAAUGGUGAAGGGAGGCUUACCUUAAAAUCUUAUGAUUUGAUGAUCAAUUCAUUUGAGUUCAAGAUUCCUUACUUCAAGAAUGUCGUCUUUGAAAGACCACUAAUUCGGAAGAACAACAAACUUCUCGUAGCAAGAACAAUCUUCAUCGAUCCUCUUAAAAUAUCAAGUACAAGAAUUUGUGAACAAAGCAGGAGAGUAGUCUUACAAACAAAAUUGAAGAGGGAGCCGUACAACAUAUAACAAAAUGAAAAAGCAUAUCGUGCUGAUAACGUGUUAUGUAAUAAUAUAUGUAGAAAGAAAGUUGAGAGAGCUAGACAAGAGAAAAGAAGUAGACAUGAUUGUAUUAUUCAUCUCAUCACAUUGCAAGCUCAACAAGUGGCUUUUAUAGGUCCUUGGUAGAUAAGUUACAAGACAAGUGAAAAGUCAAAAGUCACAUACAUUAUUGAUAGGUCAAUCCAAGAGCCAAAAGUCAUGAGGUCAAUCCAAGAGAUAAAAGUCAUCCACCUUUAUAUUUCAUAACAAUUUUUUAAUUUUUGAUGAAAAUCCUCAUUUCACAUUCAUUCGGGGCUAGAGUGCGGGCAUCAAACGAACACCAUUUGGUCUGUGAACAAGGUUCGAGGUCGGGAACAUAAUGGCACUGCUGAAGCGACCCGACGGCCUAGUUUGUGACAACAGACAAGUUUAUUACUCUCUCCGUCUCAAUUUAUAGGUUCAUUUUGGAAUAAACACACAUAUUAAGAAAAAAGUUGGUUAGAUAGAAUCUUAUCUCAUGUAUCAUUAAUUAGUGCAUUGAUAAGUGAGAAUAUAGUUGAGUUUCAAAAAAAUUACAAUAUAUAUAGGGAUUUAGUGCAUUGAGAAAUGAAAAUAAUGUUGAGUUUCAAAAAAGUCACAAUUAAUAUGUAGAUAAAUUUGUAUUGAAAGAAGAGAGGGACAAGUGUUUUGGGACAAUUUUUUUAUCCAAAAUGGACCUAUAAAUUGAGACGGAGGGAGUAUCCGUUAAAAUCUUAGAUUAGAUUGAAAUGUGCAAUAAGAUUACUUUGAAUCACAACAAAUUACUGCUAACAAGAUGACGCGACUUGUUACUAAUUUGUGAGAACAUGUUCAGGUGCAAUAUGAUUACGUAAAAGUUAACGUAGUUACUUGUUGACUUGCGAUUUGACAUUUGUGAUGCCGAAACCAACUUUUACACGUACAUACAUACAUGCAUUUGUAAAGUGUUACCGCGUUGUAUAUAUACAUGCAUUUCAUUAUUAUAGUACUAAGUAUACACCAUGAGUCACACAUGUUUAUACUUUUCUGCGCUGAUCUCACAUAUAUAUGCUCUGAAGAGAAUAUUGAUUUUAAAAAGAAAAUGAAAAUGAAACUUGAGGAAAUAUAUUAGCAAAGCAAAAGGAGUGCACAAUUAUUUUCAAGUUGAAGGUAAUUUGAACUCAUAUUAUAUAAUUUAAUAUUGCAAUUUGCAUAUGCCGACAUGUGUAGAAUUGUCUCGUACCCUACUUUAAAAUCAUUUUAGUUUACAUUUCGACUUCAUAAUGAUGGUUGUUAAGCUCAAUGCUCAACUUUUUCAAAAGCUUCGUGAUAGAUAAAACCUACUCAAGCUCUAAACUUUCCCAGAAACAACCUUCUGCCCUUAAUAGGAGCCACAUAUUGAGGAUUAGAUUUCUGUUAAAUGCCCUUUAAUUAUUAACCCUAUUUUAAUACUGAGAGUAACUUGGCAUUGCUUUUAUUAAAGUCUUCCACAACCAUUAGGGUAAUUAUGUGACGAUUUCCAUUGAUUACUAUACUCUCAUUAUUUGUUAUAGACAUGAGUUAAUCAACAUUAGUCUGCAGUAAAAAGCACUACACUAAUUUCUUGUGGAAAUAAUGACAACAUGAGCAAUAAUUGAGUUAAUUAUGCAAAUUGUUUAUUAUUAAAAAUAUAUUAUAAUAUAGUUCACAUACUUGACUAAAAAAACACAAUAUUUCACUUUUUGAUUUAAUUUUUCUGACCUCUUAAUAUUAGCAUUGUAAGUAACCGUUUUUGUAUCAAAUGUAAUUCAAUUUAUCUUAUAAAAAUAAGAAUAAUUAUAAAUCAAAUGAUCCUUAAAUUUACAAAAAGAGAAAGAAAAGGAUAGGCUGAUAUAAGUUGACCAAUGUAGUGGAGGUGAGGUCUCAUUUGAAGAAUCUUGCUGUAGUUGGUUAUCUAUUUGGUGCAUGGUUGGUAUUAUCAGGUAAUCUCACUUGUCCAAUUGUGUUUUCAGAAAUCUCAAUAAUGCAAAAGCCUGUAUAUAUAGCUCAGUGAUCUCCACUUAGAAAUCAUAGAAAUACACUGUUAUAAAUGGAUACUUACGCUGCUAUGAAGACCCGCGUAUACAUGUUAAAAUGAUUAUAGGGAGCCAUAAUUGAGUUGAAUAUACCACUAUACAAGACAUCACAUGUGGAAUAUGACCCCCCAAUUCUAGAGGAUGGAACUGUUGUUUACACAUGUAUAUUUCUAUUGCAUGGUGUACCUAUUUUGUGGGAAGAUAUUAUGACUUGGCUAGUACUUGUGUCUUGUUGUUCCCUUGCAAGUUAUUUUUUUUAUUUUUAUCUUAUAAUUUUAUUUACAAUUUUGUUGGUUUUAUUUUUAUUUAUCAUAAAACAAUGCAAUUCCUUAAUUUUUAAGUAGUUAAAUUAUGCAAUAUUCACUUUGUUGUCUUUAAUUUAUUUUUUCUUGCUUAUUAUUUAUUACCUCAAUAGUUAGGUGGGAGGUAGCUAUCUAUGCAGGAGACUUUCUGCUAUAUUUGCUCACAUUUAUACAGGUAUAUAUGGAGGGCAAAAGGAGAGUUCCAGGAUUGAGUCAAAAAGUUUGUUGUUUAAGGAAACCCUAUGUGUGCCUAUAUAAAUCGAACUAUAAUUGAAUUCUAGGCCUAGCCACGAAGUCAAACCUUUACUGCAUAUGUUACCGUAGUCUGACCAUUACUCCUUCUAUCAAUUUUUACACGUAAUUUUGAUAUCUAAAAAAAUAUAUUUAUAUAUAUUCUUUUUCAAAUUUUUUAUUUUUAAAUAAAAUUUUAACAUCUAUAUUUUUAUUUAAAAAAAUAAAAUUUUAAAAAUAUUAUGUAGAAACAUGUUAUUUUUACAUCUUAACUUAUUGUAUAAAAAUUCAAAGCGGUCCUUAUUUUAGGACAGAGGGAGUAUAGUAUAUACUUACAUUUGUCAUGUGAUUUGUUUUUUAACGAGGUAUAAACAAAUGAUUUGAAAAGUUCAUUAAUUAGUAUAUGUAAAUAAAAUAGUUUAUAAUUUUAUAUAUCUUAAUAUUGGGGUGAAUGAGAUAUCUAUAUUCCAAUUAAAAACUAUUUUUUAAUAACGUUAUUGGAUGCUUGAAUGAUAUAUCAGAUAUUCAUCUUUUUCAAUUUAUUCGAACAAAUGCUCAAUUAAAUUAUACAAUGCAAUGUAUAUAUAUAUGAUCGAGUACUUUCUUUCAAUAAUGAUUGAAAGUGGGUUGAUGUGUUGGUUUUGUUCAGCUUGAUUCAUUUAGUGAUAUAGUCAUUAUCAUCUAAUCGCAUUAUAUAUUAGUUUUGGAUACUUUUGAUAUUAAUCAAUAUGUAAAAUAUUAAUAUACAUCAUACCAACAUGAACACUCUUAUAUAAAAGAGUUUACUUCUUCCGUUUUUCUAGCUAGGUUAGUUUAUGUUUUGCACGCAUUACACCUUUAUAAAGCAUAGUUCCACAAUUUUUUUAUAAUUUUUUUUAAUAAAAGUUUAAAUAUCAAACUUUUAUUGAGGGAAAAAAAUUUAAAAAUAUGUUAUGGAAAGUCUUAAAGACGUGUCAAAAAGUAACGUAAAGAUAUGAGCGGGACAGAGGGAGUAAUAUGAAAUAAUAAUUUUAAAAAAUUCUCUUAAAACAGCAAAAAUAAAAUGAAAAUUUAUAGGUAUACUUUGACACUGACAAAUAAUAAAAAUAAUAUUUAUAUUUGAAUAAUUCGUCUACCAAUUUUACCCUAACUUCACUUACAUAUUAACUGUUUUAUUGCACGUUUCUCAGAUGUCUUUGAUCGUACAAAGUUGUCCUAAUCACAAGUAUAACCUAUAAACGUCCAUUUUUUUAUAUUACUAGAAAAGUAGGUAUUUUCUUAAACAAUAUAUUCAGAAGGCACAUUUUCUUUAAAUAUCUAGAAAAAUUAAAAACCUAAAUUUUACAAACGAUAAUUCUAUGGCUUUUAUUUGCCAGAUUGUACAUUUGGAAUUUAGGUUGACAAGUGGCGAGAUCAGCAAGUUUGAACCCGUGAAAUCCACGAAAGUGUAGCAAGGAAUCAAAUCUCUAUAUCAAGUAUCAACAGCUAAUCUAUACCCUAGAGUCAAAUGCUAAAUAGUCACAUGGCAUUGACCCUUGUGCAACUAUUGAAUGUGCCCAUCUUCCUACAAAGAUAUAUACUACUCCCUCCGUUUCAAAUUAGAUGUCCACUUAAAAAAAUUCACAUAGUUUAAGAAAAGUGGAUGUUAACAAAUCAAUUGCAUUAAAUGAUUAAAAUAUGUGGUGUGAGAUUGAUCUAGGAAAUAUAAAUAAGAGAUAUGUGGAGUAGAAUUGACUUUGGAAAUAUGAUUUUGCAUUGAAAGUUGAAGUGGACAAGUAAUUUGAAACAAAAAAUUUUCUUGAAAGUGGACAUGUAAAUUGAAACGGAGGGAGUACCUGCUUAUC